UUUGGGAUUCGCGUACGGGACGCGGUUCCGUGUCGCGUACAGGAGAGCGCGUGCGGAUAUAUGAAGGCGGGCGACACGGUGAUCUGGAUGGGCGGCGGCGCGGGUGCAGAAGUUCACGAUCAGAGGCUUGUAAACUGGACAUGUUUACACCCAGUGAGACGGUAACCUGAGACCGCAUCCUGAGGGAACACCAGGAUGCGUCCCAUUUACUCGCAGCCUUUAGGCAGUCGAUGGAACACUGCCGCUGCAGCCUUGCUGCUCUCCCUGUGUCUUGGCGUCCCUCCCUCUGUGGCUACUUGCCCACCCUGCUGCCUUUGUGCCAGUGAUAUAAUUUCCUGCAGCGGUAGCAAUCUGUCCACGCUGCCCUCUGAUCUCCCGGGCUAUGCUACACGGUUGGACCUGAGCCACAAUGCCCUCACUGUCCUACCCAUGGACUGGAUUUCCCGGCCGUUAGACCGGCUUGCUACGCUGAUUCUCAGCCGCAACUCCAUCAGCCGGAUCGAGGAGGAUGCCUUCACUGUGACCCCACACCUCCUGCUCCUGGACCUCUCUUCCAACCGAUUAACGGCGCUGAACACGUCCAUCUUCGCCGGGUUGGAGGAACUGAAAGAGCUGCUGCUGUUUGGCAACCACAUCGUCCACAUCAACCCAGGGGCCUUCAGCGAUGUAUACAGCCUGAAGAGGCUCUACCUCUCCGGGAACAGAUUGACAGCAUUUCCCCUGGGGCUUUAUUGGGAACCUGGAGGGCCUCGUAAUCUGACCUUUCUUGAUCUGUCGUACAACAGGCUUUCCGAGGUGCCUGUUCAGCGCCUGCUGUCUCUCACCCGGCAUGGUGGUAUUUAUUUGCAUGAAAACCCUUUGGUCUGUGACUGCGCUUUACUCGCAUUGCUGGAGUACUGGAUGUGGAAACAGUAUCGCCCACUGGUGGAUUUCAGAGGUGAAUACCCUUGUAGAGACGGUUCAGGACCGGUAUCUGAAUGUAGCCAGGAGGCAGUGUCAGAUAAGCCCCUUGAGGCACAGACUUACCAAGUGGAGCCUGAAAAAGACCUACGAGUGCCAUGUCCAGGGUUGGCCUCUCACAGCCAGGAGGCAGUGUUCUGGGUUACCCCAGGGGCUGUGGUGAAUUCAUCCACAAAUGACCCGAGUGCUCACCUAAUAGUUUCCCCCAAUGGCACACUAGAAAUCCGGGGUGCCCUGAUGGAGGAUUCUGGCAUCUAUGCGUGUGUGGCAGCCCGCGGGCGCCACUAUGACCCCUUUGAGUCUCUGGAGGUCAAUGUAGUGGUCGGAAACCUAAGCACAUCCUCCGCCAGCGGCUUAGCACGCGGCAGCGGUGCAGAGCAUUUCAACACAGCGUUCACCACCCUGGCCUCCUGUGUGGUCAGCAUCAUUCUAGUGCUGCUCUACCUCUACCUCACCCCCUGCCGAUGCCAGGGAAACCGGGGUGGGGGAUCGAGAGGAUGCGGCGGACGAGCCUUCAUCCUCUGCUCAGACCCCAGAGAGGUAGAGUCAGGACACCGGCGGUCAAACGGAAAGAGGGUGGCUUUUUUAGAGCCUCAGGCCGAGGACUGCGAUAUUGGUGGUCCAAAGGCACCAGCAAUGAAUUUGGGUCACGUAACCACCGAGGGAAUUCUCAAAAAUGGAAGUAGGACAGUUGGACAGUCUCUAACGGAGACCGCUCAAAUAGCGUAGCAAGAAAAUGACCGUUUGCACAUUACUCUAUUCUUUCAGUCUGAUUGUCUGAACAAGUGUUUUGUUUUCACUGUCUUGUUUUAGGAAACGACGAGAAAAUCCAUUUAAUGUGAACUAGUGUACUGUGAUUCUCGUGCAGUAGUUAUGCACUUAGGGGUUUUAAUGUUUGGUCUGCAGCAGGCAGAAUUUCAAUUAUGUCUUUAUUGUGAGUGUUCUGUUUUUUACAAUAAGAGCUCAUAUGGAAAUGUCACUGUUACCGGGUAAAUUGGUGGUGUUUUGAGUUGGGUAUUGAUGGUUAUUCUACAGUACAUUCCUUGUCAGUACUACCAUCACAGUGACUACUUGUUAUUUUUUAACUACCUGUCUUAUAACUGAGGAUCAUUUAAAAACAUGUCAGUAAUUUGUGUGAAAUGACCUGCACUUUGAUGUUUUACAAGUCACGUUGUAUCUGCUACCCACCCUCUUCAAAUAAUAUAAAUCAAAUACAUCCUUGUGAAUGUUCCUUUAUCAAAAGCAAAGAAACACUAUAAUGUGGGACAGAGUAGACUGUUGUGUUGUUUCAAAAUGUCAACUUUGUGUUUAGUCGAACAAAAAAUGCAUUUGACAAACUCAAAUGUGGUGGAAUAUGUGUCUUCUCUUAAAAGGUUUUUAUGGGGAGACAAACUAUUACAAAUGAAUGCUACUUAUCUUCUGGGUGGUGUGCAGUCAGUUGAGCUCUAAUAAACCCACUGUAUACUAUCUGCUCAGCACCAAAUGGCAGAGCAUUUAGUAGCAAAAGAGAUAUUUCUCUGAAGAGCUGGUGGAGACCAAAAGAGCGCUAAAGUGAAUAUUGUACAAUACAGGUUCACAUUAUCAGGCGAUUCUCACUCCAGACAAAUACCGACGUUAGGCCAUAGACCCCAUGCAUCAAACUCUGACUUGUUAGUUUCAAAAUAUAACUAGCAAUGUAGGUCUACUUAGCUUUCAGGUUUACUUACACAACAAAAGUAUUUUGUUAUGUUUAGUAAAAUAAUGUAGUUUGGAUUGAAAUAAAUGUGGCUAUGUUUGUUUAUAAGUAAAAUAAGUUGGUUUGUUAUAUAACUAACGUCAAUAAUGUAGAAAAGUUACCGAACUAUUUGGCUAAAAUAAGUCAACGUUGACUUGGUUUUACAUUGAAGCCGAACAGCAGUUAAGUUAAAGUACCAUGUUUGUUUGACCCAUCAAACCUACCCUCAUCUGCUAAUACUGAGGCUGAUAACAUAACUUAAGAGUUAAAACAGACUCUAUAGGAGCCUCGAUGUGUUGGUUUCAGACCCUGAGGGCCACUGAUCUUGCAAAGAUAUGUGACGAGACCGGUUUGUAGAGCUUUGAAACUUCCUUUUAAUGAAGUAAAUGGUCCUUACAAAACCCGUUGACGCUAUGUGUCGUGGGAAACAGGGCCACGUGUUGCAUUUUCUUGAUGCCGUUUUCUAGUGCUGUGAGGCCACAUCCAUUCACCAUAUUUUAAUCGGGCUUGUGGCAAAUGAAAAUUAUCCUAAUAAUAAGCCUGCAAUGAUAUUGUGCAUAUGACCAUAAUAACAAAUAUUAAAAGGUGUGGGCUAUUCCGCUGGCAGCAGCUACUGUUUAGCUAUCCUAAUUUGAGCAUUAUUUAAAAAAAGUAGCACCUUCUGACUAUUCAGUCCAAAGUUCUCCAAAUGGGUGUCCGAUUUGUGGUCUAGACUAUCCCACCUGGAGCUGUUUUCAACUGACACUUGUGCGUGCAGGCUGGACACUUGUCAACUUGAUCUUUGUUCAUCCUUUCAAAUGUGGACUUCCUUUGUCACCCUCCACCUUGUUCCACCAAGGCUUCACUAAACAAGCAGAUUCACAGAGGAAUAGAUCCUUAUCAGUUCAGACAAGACGGGAGUCUGAGCUCGGCGACGAGGCCAGAGUCAGCCCAGAUUAGUGUCACAGAAGUCUGAACGAGGGUUUCCAGCCCCAAGCCCACAUGACCUACAUUCAGUCCCCCCUCUGAUUCUAUGUGUGUGGAAUAAUUUCCAAGGUGUUGAGAGUCUCGGUAAAGUCUCCAUGGCCUUGUUCAUGUUAGCGCUGUCUGAAUAGUACCUUCGUAUAUGUUUUCUGUUCUACUAAAAGCAGGAUGAAUUUUAAGUGGAGCAGCUGAAGUAAAGCUUUGUUAUGACUAUAACAAUGAUGGUAUUUGCACUUAUGAAAUAAAAUGUUUCAAUUUGGA